GCUCUAGGUCUUUCCCUUUUUGCUACUCAACCCCUCUGCAAACUGUGCAACUCAGCCUUCGACCUCUCCUUACAUUCUUCAACGACUCCUUACAUUCUCUACGUCGGGGGGACACGUCGACGCCUUACCGCGUUCCAAUUCAAUAUGCACGCGAGGCUCUGCAACGCCGUCAACUGAUAACAUUGAUCCACACCGUUUAGGUCAGGAAUGCCACACGUCGCCCAUGCACCUUCACUAUCGCCGUGAUCUCAAUGGCCACUCGUCGAUAGAAGCUCUUUCCGUCGUUUGCAGGGUUUCCUGUCAUUAUAACGAUAUUUUUGAGCUGCCCGUAUCCCGAGUAGAGGCGCGCUCGAUGCUCUGCGAUCCUCCUAGCCUCCUGCACAGCGAUUUGUUCCUGUGCAAAACUUUCUCCAAGGCCUGGAGGUUAUCUAUCGCGCUCCGCUCUUGUUCACUGCAGGAGAUCAGCUCACGCUUCCUGUCAACCGCAUGUAUUUCUGGCUGGAAUGACCGCAUACAUCGAGAUAUAUCCCUCUGGGGCUGGCGACGAUCACUCGUGGACAACGAUAGUGUCCGACAACGUCAGCUUUGCAUCAUUCUGUUAUGCUUGACGUACGUAUCUGCCUCAAGAUCUCACGCAUAGUGCAAUUACGUCGUCACACGAGUGAUUCGUGUGCUGCGUCCUCAACGUUCAACUGGAUGCCUCGCACAAACUAUCACCGGAAUCUGCAAAUCCCCAAUUACAUCUCUAUGCUCCUAUUGCAUCUCAGUAGAUUUUCAUGGUUGAUGGCCGAGAACUCGACGAGGUUGCAUGGUACACAAUCUUGCUUCAUCCACAUGCAUAU